UAUUAGCUUUAAACAGAGUGGCUGACAGUAAAAUUAACAGUAUUUUACGUUUUUACAAACAAACUUUAGUUUAAUAAACCAGACAUAAAUUCAACAUGCAAAUCAUUUCGUGUAUUGCCUUCACCGCUGCUGCACUUUUUGGUGUCGCAUCUGCCGGUUAUGUGCCACAUGGACAUGCCUCCAGUUACGCCUCGGUUGUACAACACACGGAUGGCCAUCAUCAUGCCACACACGGCUAUGGCAGCCACGACAAUUAUCUUCAACAUGCCGGUCACGGUUAUGACCACCAUAAUCACCACUACGAACCUCAUCACUAUCCCAAGUACACCUUCGAGUAUGGUGUAAAGGACGCACACACCGGCGAUCAUAAGAGUCAAUGGGAGCAUCGUGACGGUGAUCAUGUCAAGGGCGCCUACACUCUGGAGGAAGCUGAUGGCACAACUCGUGUGGUAGAGUACACCGCCGACGAUCACAAUGGCUUCAACGCUGUCGUCAAGAAAAUUGGUCAUGCUCACCAUCCUCAGGUAUAUGGACAUGGUGCUCACGGUUACGAUCAUGGCCACUUCUAA